UCUCUCUUUCUCUCUCUCUCUCUCUCUCUCAGGUGCAACUCAAAUUGUGCUCAAGUCCAACUGGUGCACAAAGCAUAACUUUAAGUCUUUAAGUAACGUUAGUCCCAGGCGUACGCCCAACUGGUGCCCUCGGCUCCUGGAGAUCACCCAAGUCAUUAUGGUUCAUCUUUUUGGGAAGUCAAGUUAAGUACAAAAUGUCAUGAUAGUUUUUCCACUGACUGACGAUACAACAAAGAGUUCUGUCUGUUUUGUUAAAAGUAGUUAUGGAUGAGGUCUAAACAAAUUAAACAAUGAUUGAUUGACUUAAAAACACACAAAGACAUACCUCGAGCUACGCUGCUAACAUGGCUAACAAUAAUAUUUAUUUAACAAAGUGUCAUGUUUUCUUUCCCCUCGUGGUUCUUCUAAAUAAUUCAAGCGACCCCGGGGGCUUAGACCCUUUAGCUAUUGCUGGAAGGCAGUAAAUCCAUACAUUGUCACUUUGUUUGUAAAGAAUUCUGGUUCUCCCUGAAGAAAAAUUAAGGUAAAUAAUCAAACACUAUACGCUUCAAGACAACGCAAACAGCUAGAAAAGGGUAUAUAAACUCUUUGUUCCCGUCAGAAACAAAACCUCUUACUUUGUUCUGCUUGAAGUGCGAGAACAUUCAACAUCAUAACAAGGUAAGGCUUUCACUCUGGGCUUCUUUAUAGAUCACUGUUCUUGAUUUUUAUCCAUUUAUAUCUACUGUAAAGACGUUAGAAGUCCCAUUUUCUUGUCGCCUUCUCCAGAAGACUCGUUCAGUAAAACUUACAAUCCUCCUUUAAUACUGGACAGCAUUUUAAUUGACCUUUUCAGUUUUGAAUAUAGGCCCAUUGUGCAUUUCUUGAUUAUACUUUGCCUUUCACAGAUGGCGUCAGGUCUGAAGUUGAUCCCACUCCUCUGUUUGACCAGUGGACUGUGGGCUGCGGUUGUGUAUGGGAAUCAUUCAGGUUCCUGUAAAACGUGCCCGUCUGGUUGGACUCAGUUUGACGGAAGCUGUUACAUGUUCCACUUCAGAGAUAUGGAUUGGGCUGAUGCAGAGCGUUACUGCACUACUGUUGGUGGUAAUCUGGCUUCUGUCCACAACAAAGAGGAGUACACCUUCCUCAAAACUACUCUCCAGGCAGUGGCUGGAAAACAGUUAGCGGUUUGGCUUGGAGGAUAUGAUGCUGUAAAGGAGGGUGUGUGGCUGUGGAGCGACGGCACUUUCUUUGACUUCAAAUUGUGGUUUAAAGGGGAGCCAAACAACUACACUGGACACGAGAACUGCAUGGAGAUGAACUUCAGGGGAAGGGAGUAUGUCAACGAUAGCAACUGUAAUGUGAAGAGAUCUUUCUUUUGUGAGAAGCGCCUGUGAAACCGCUGCUACGUGCUGACUUCUGUAACAUGAAGAAUCUGUUACUACCAAAGAUGUCACUUGAUCCAGAUAUCAAGCCUCGAUGACAUCGCUGUGUAGGAUCUGAUGGAAUAUCUGAUUAAUCAAUAAAAAGAUAAAUCUGCU